AAUCUGUAGUAGCUCACCAUCUCAAUUACAAUUUCAUAUAUAAGAACAAAAUGUUUUCUAUUGUUCAUUUGAAAAAAAUUAAUCGUAGAAUCAACUCGAUUUCUAUAAUGAUCAGUUUAGUUUUUGCUUUAAUUGUUAUAAGCGUCUUGAAUGGUGUUUCGGCACGACACAGACAUGUUGUUCCUGAUGACAGAAUAGUUGGAGGAAGGCCCGCAGAUAUUCAAGAGUUUCCUUUCGAAGUUUCUAUUCAAUAUAUGGACGAACACAACUGUGGGGGUAGCAUACUCGCACCAAAUUAUGUUUUAACAGCUGCACACUGCUUUGAUGGAGUGAAUGCGAACGAAACCUUCGUUAGGGCAGGAUCAACACUAAUCCUCGAAGGUGGAGUUUUGAUAGAUGUCGAAGAGAUCAUCACCCAUCCUAACUUUUCCUUCAUAUUCUUCGAUGGAUACGACGUAGCUGUCCUGAGACUGAAGACGAAUUUGACUUACGGUGACAAAGUUCAACCAGUUAAACUUCCUGUGCUAGCACCCAACUCUCAAGGUAGCUCCGUUUUGGAUGGUUCUGUGGCCACUUUGGCAGGAUGGGGAGCGGCCAAGGAUAUGUCCCUAGAUAUGUCAAAGCAUUUGAUGACGGUAAAUUUGCCUAUAGUAUCACAUGCGCAAUGUGCCAGUGAUCUACCUCAGGAUGGGAUCAACAUCAGAGAAAUCUGCGCUGGAACUACUGAAGGAGGAAAAGACGCAUGUUUGGGCGAUAGUGGAGGUCCUCUCACAUUGAAUGGCGUUCAAAUUGGUAUAGUGUCAUGGGGUAGAGGAUGUGCACAACCUAACAAACCUGGUGUUUACGCCUCUUUGUAUGCGAAAGAAUUAAGAGAUUUCAUCACGAAAACCACUGGUGUUUAAUUGAACUCAUGCUCAUUAAUUAUAAUUUAUUAUUAAGUAUAUUUAUUUUAUAAUUUUUUAUAUGGAUUUUUAAUAAAAAAUGCAAAAUUGAUAUGAA